AAUCACAAAAACUAAACCUACACCACCGCCGCAAGGAGUGGCAUAUUGCCGCCGUCCGUCCGUCUAUCUAGCUUCCGUCGUGCUCCAAGCCUUCAACCCCUGUUCGCUGUCACCGAUUGCAGCUGCUUCCUUGAGCUCGGCGUCCGCCGUCUUUGUCUGCUCAGCCGCGCUUCCGCCGCCGUUUCUUCGCCGUUCACGUUCCCCUCUUCGCUCAGCCGCCGUAUUCCUUCGCGUUCUUCGCCGUUCACGUUCGCUCGGCGUUCACCGUUCGCGUUCACUCGCCGUUGACCGUUCACCGUUCGAGUUCGCAUUCGCGUUCGUCUGGAAGCCACGUUGCUCUGCUUCAAACUCUGUGACCAACCCGCGCGCUCCACCUAGCCGUCGAACUGCUCUCUUUUGUCGCCGCCUUUUUUCGGUUAAACUACGGUUAGAUCGGUUGGACCAGUGAACCAGUGACUAGAGUGGUUUGAUGACUGAUCUGGUUUUCAUUGGUCUCCACCAAACCCAACCUUCACUCACGGCAACAACUUCACCUGCGGAGCCGGACAGCGUUCAUGCUUUAACUACUACCUCUCUCUCGCCGCCUCUGCUGUUGAAAAUAACUUAGAAUGAGCCAUAAAUUGCAGGUUAUGAAUAUGUAACUAGGAAAAGGAGUUGCCAAUUGCAGGCAUGUCCCGUUCCACACACAUCCUCCAUCACUCCCACCCCUUCUUCACCUCUGCCGCAACCUCUGCCGCCAUCACUGCUGCCGCCUCUCCUGCACCCACCACCCUCACCUCCUUCACCGUCACGCCCCCAGUGCACCCCUGGCCCCGCCGCCUCACUCCUAAAACCCUUGCCUCCCUUAUUUCCCGCCAACACGACCCAAAUCUCUCCCUCCAAAUCUUCCACUACGCCCUAACCCACCACCCCAAUAGCAACAACAACCACCUCGCCCACCACCCUAUUCCCUUCAACGCCAUCAUUCUCAAGCUCUCUCGUGCCCGCAACUUCCCCCAAAUCGAUGCCAUCCUUCGUGAUUCCCGUAUCACCGACGAACAACCGCUUAUAACGGUUAUUCGCGGGUACGGCCUUGCUGGCCGCCCAAAAUUGGCACUCAGGACCUUCACAAGGAUCGAAUCUUUUGGGAUUCAACCCUCCACGAAGGCCCUAAACACCACGCUUAAUGCCCUGGUUCAGUGCAAGCACUAUGAUUUAGCACAUUUUGUUUUUAAGAAUUGUAUGGCCAAAUUUAGGGUUGUGCCCAAUGUGGUUAGUUGCAAUAUUUUGUUGAAGGCUCUUUGUAAAGGGAACAAUGUAGAUGCAGCGGUGAGGGUUUUGGAUGAGAUGCCUGCAAUAGGUGUGGUGCCCAAUGUGGUGAGUUACACUACUGUUUUAGGUGGGUAUGCUUUGAAGGGUGACAUGAGGGGUGCAAAGAGGGUUUUUAUGGAGAUUUUGGGGAAAGGGUGGAUACCUGAUGCAACUACUUACACUGUCUUGGUGAGUGGGUUUUGUAGGCAAGGGAUGUUUGUUGAUGCAAUUAAGGUGAUGGAUGAGAUGGAGGAGAAUGGGCUUGAGCCUAAUGAGGUUACUUAUAGUGUUAUGAUUGAGGCGUAUUGUAAGGGGAAGAAGUCCGGGGAGGCACUUAAUGUGCUCGACGAUAUGCUUGGGAAGAAUCAUGUGCCGAGUUCGGCGCUGUGUUGUAGGGUUGUUGAUAUGUUGUGCGAGGAAGGGAAGGUUGAGAACGCUUGUGAGGUUUGGAGGAAGCUCUUGAGGAUGAAUUGCAGCCGCGAUGAUGCUGUCACGGGUACUCUUGUUCAUUGGCUGUGUAAGAAGGGGAAGGUGAUUGAGGCAAGGAAGGCGCUUGAUGAAUUUGGGGGUGGUGCGGUUCCAAGUCUAUUGACAUAUAACACAUUGAUUGCCGGAAUGUGCGAGAGAGGGGAGCUCUGUGAGGCUGCUAGGUUGUGGGAUGAUAUGGUGGAGAAGGGUCGCGUACCUAAUGCAUUUACUUAUAAUAUGUUGAUUGAAGGAUUUUGUAAGGUUGGUAACGUGAAGGAGGGAAUAAGGAUUCUAGAGGAGAUGUUUGAAAGUGGAUGUUUGCCUGACAAAUCAACAUACACGAUAUUGAUUGAUGGGCUUUCUUGUGCAAGAGGGAUGGUGGAAGAAAUUAAUAAGGUUGUUGCAUUGGCCGUAUCCGCUGGAGUUGAUGAUGACAUGUGGGAUAUCUUCCUGAAAUCUAUUGCAAAUAAUUUAAAUUUGAAUGCAGCUGAAUUUGAUAGGAUAUUGUUAGAGAGUGUCUCAUGAGGUGCAAUGAAAAACAUGUUAAAGAAAUUGCUGUUUAACCAUGUUAGUGUAAACACAUAAAGGUGCACUUUUCCCUCGGAUCUUUCAACCGGAAACAGUUUAUCCAUUGUGAAGAAAUUGCACCAACCGGAGAAGAUGAGGAUGAGUCUAGUGUGGAUUCAGAUUAAGCAUGGUGGUUGACUGGCUGUUUGGUUUUUAUUUGUUUUAAAGUGACUGUUGCGGUUUAAAGUGUGUUUAUUUUUGUUGUUUUGCUAGACCUUUACUAAUUGCCUUUGUUUUAUAUUUAAUUAAGUUGAAUUUGUAUUGGAUUUGGAUGUGAUAUACUCUUGUUGUUCUAGUUUAUUGAAGGUUUUAAACUUCAUUUUAUGAUAUUUUAAAUUCUGUUUAUUAGGUAUAAAAAAACCGAAAAAACCGACCGAAUCAAACUGCUGUUGGUUCGGUUGUCCAGAAAGCAGCCAACCGAAUGGUUGGUAUCAACGUACAACCGAUUAGGUCGGUUCGGUUGGUUUUUGAUCUAAAACCGAACCAAACCGAACCGAUAACACCCCUACUUAUAAGAGGUUUCUUUUUGAGUGUCGAAUACUGGGAAUUCCUGGAACAAAAGAAAAUGAUUUUUAAUACACUUGGAUGGCAUGGACAAGGUAUUCUUUCAGUUCUUCCACUUGGUGCUAGAAUGUGUUAGCUAUAUUUUGCUGUGAGGUUGCAACUUGCAAGGUUGUUUGGAGAAAUUUGUUAGGAUCAUUUGUAAGUAUUGGGAUGUCCUUCUAGAUCCCUAUGUUGAAUGAAUUUCAUUCUUGUAAUUUAUUUGGGAGAUUUUAGGAGAUGAAAGGAGCAUAGGGUGCUAUGAAGCUAUGCCUCUUUGCCACAAUGAAGGUGCAUUUGAUUGGUUUUCUAUGCUUAUUUAUA